AUGGCUACUAUGGAAACUCCAGCCGCCACAGCGACACCGGCACCGACGAAUGCCGACGGGGCCGAGUCGACUGACCUCAGCCGGCAAUACGAUACACAGUUGGGCCUGGCACACACCACAAUUGAGGCGCUCAAGGCGCGCAUCAAGCAGCACUACGACCUGGCCAGCGACUACUAUGUCAGCCUGUGGGGCGAGCACAUCCAUCACGGCUACUGGCCGACCGAUGAGUCCAAGGCCAGCGAGAGCAAGGAGACGGCGCAGGCGAACCUGAUCCGCCUGCUUCUCUCCAUCUCAGGUGUGGGUGAUAGCAGCAGUGCCGCCCUCGACGUCCUCGACGUCGGCUGUGGCGUUGGCGGCACGUCGCGCUGUCUGGCCUCGGAUCUGGGCUGCCGCGUGACGGGCAUCACCAUCUCGACGCGGCAGGUUGAGAUCGCCAAGCGCCUGUCUGCAGGCACCACUGCUGGCGACGACGACAAUGACGACGACUUUCAGCCCGUAGGCAAGGGCCACGUGCGCUUCCUCGAGCUCGACGCCGAGAAGAUGGGCGACUACUUCCUGGACGGGACUGCGGACACGGGCCUCUUUGACGUCGUCUGGAUCAGCGAGGCCCUCAGCCACUUUCCUGACAAGGCCCUCUUCUUCCGCAAUGCCCAGCGCGUGCUGCGACCCGGCGGCAAGCUCGUGCUCGCCGACUGGUUCAAGGCCGAGGGCCUGUCCGCCAAGGCCUUUGACACUGACAUCAAGCCGAUCGAGGACGGCAUGCUGCUACCACCGCUGUGCACGCAGUCCGACUACGUGACACUAGCCACGGGCGCUGGCCUGCGCGUGCAUGCACCGCCCAAGGACAUCAGUGCCGACGUGAGCAAGACCUGGGACCUCUCCUGGGAUCUGGUGCAGAAACCCUCGCUGUGGGCGUUUGCCCUGAGCCAGGGCCGCGACGGCAUCGCCUUUCUGCAGGCCUUCCGGGCCAUGCGACGGGGCUACGGCAACGGCUCGUUUCGAUAUGCGGUCAUGUGCUUUGAGAAGUGA